AUGACUCAUAGGCGUAGUAUUUCUGUUCAAAACUCUUCACCAACCCUUGGAUUAAAGAAUAACAUUGAUUUCAAACAGGUUCCUUGGCUUUUUCUUGAAACAACUUCUCUUCCAAGACGUAGAAAAAAAGAAUUAUUCAAUAAUCGACAAAUUCCAGUAGAAAUGACUCAAAGGACAUUCGAUUCGAAUCAUAUGUUUUCCAAUACAGCAAUUGGAUUUUCUAAACAAGAACUCAACGUAAUUAAUACAGCCUCUCACCGUGAGAACGUUGAAAUGGAAUUGCAUAACGAAGUUUCUCGCGUGAACCUUGCAAAGCAAAUACAUACACAAUCAAAAAUUGCUUUCGAAAGUCUAUUACAAAAACAAGAAGAAGAUGCCCAGCAGAAAAAGAGACAGAUGGAAAUGUUCAAGGACCCAUCAAGCGAACAACUUAUUACACCUAGAACACCAAAAUUCGAACAAGGGGUAAAAUCAAAUGGAUCAAGCGUUGAUCCAGAUAAUUUCAGGUUGAAACAAUCUGACGAAGAGAUAUUCUCACAGUUAAAUACAUUUGAUUCAAGUCAGAUGAAGAAAAUGAUUCUCGAUUCGUUGACCGAAGAGAAGAAGAUCAAAGGAUCAAUUUUUAUGCAAUCAGAGUUCUUCUUUUCGAAAAAUCAAAACGUUCAAAAGAAAGUUUCUCAUGGAAGAAGGAAUAUUCAGAAAGCAAUCUACGAAACGUGUGACAAAGAUCCAAGCAAAAUUGGAGAACAGCUCAAAUUAUUACCAGACCCUAGAGAUCUCAAUUAUCCAUCAAUGCAUAGAAUGAGAAAAUUUUACGGAAAUCAAUUUUAG